UCAAAAACAACACGCGCCACCAGUUGGAUUUUACACUCUGACCUCGUCAUGUAAACCUCUGUCCUGGGAUAUUUUCUGUGCGUUUUCUGCGGAUGUUUUGUGCGUCUCGUGCGUCAAAAUGAACCUGAUCAGCGGAUACCAGCAUCACCACCACCACCACCACCACCUCAUGCACGAGCCCUUCCCCUCGCACGCGCCUUACUUCCAGAGCUGGGUCUUAAACCACGACUUACCCCCGACGGACUUCCACAUCCAGGCUCCAGGGACGCCGGGCUCCGUGACGCACGACGCCCGCUUCGACGCGCUCCAGGGCGGCCAGGCCAAGCGCAGAGCCCCGGGGCCAAAGAAGGAGCGGCGCAGGACGGAGAGCAUCAACACGGCGUUCGCAGAGCUCCGGGAGUGCAUCCCCAACGUGCCCGCGGACACCAAACUGUCCAAGAUAAAGACGCUGCGCCUCGCCACCAGCUACAUCGCGUAUCUCAUGGACGUCCUGGCCAAAGACUCCGGGGAGACGGAGGGGUUUAAGGCCGAGAUCAAGAAGUACGAGAGCAGGGACCUGAAGAGGAAACGGGACCUGAACCCGGACGGACUGCAGGAAACGUUCAUCGCUGAGAAAAAGGUCAAAGGUCGGACGGGUUGGCCACAGCAGGUCUGGGCUCUGGAGUUGAACCAGUGACUCCGUGUGUUUUGAUUCCGAACGGACUCGAGCAGAACGGCGAGACGAAAAAAAACAAAAGGACUUGAACAUAACGUUUGAAGUGGAGGAUGUGUUUUUGUGUUGAAUGUGGUGUGUCCCGUCGGCAGUGAUGGGAAGUAACGGAAAUGCUUAUUCGGAGGAGUAAUUUUGGGAAUUCUGGUACAGUUGCUCUUUUAUUUGGAGGUAAACGUAAGACAUGGCGAUAUUUCAUUAUAAAAUUUUGGUAUUAAUGAGGAAAAAAACCCAAAGAACGACAAAAACCAAGCUGUUUUUCCGUUAUAAUGCCAGGCAACUUGAAGUAAAAGUAUUCCAAGUAUUCCGAGCGCAGUACUCUGAUUGGACGGCGUUCUUCCCAUCGCUGCCCGUUGGGUUUCGUUCGUUUCACUACUGUCGUCUUGUCAAAAUGAAGGAGUAUAAAUUAUUUUUUAUUGGAGUAAUGCAACACUACUGGAUGUAACUUAACAACAGACACAGACGUUUCACUUUAACACGGAAAACAACAGGAUGAGUUUGUGUCAUGAGCAGAGGACUAAACCAGGACUAAACCAGGACUAAACCGGGACUAAACCGGGACUAAACCGGGACUAAACCGGGACUAAACCGGGACUAAACCGGGACUAAACCGGGACUAAACCGGGACUAAACCGGGACUGAACCGGGACUGAACCGGGACUGAACCGGGACUAAACCGGGACUAAACCGGGACUGAACCGGGACUAAACCGGGACUAAACCGGGACUAAACCGGGACUAAACCGGGACUAAACCGGGACUAAACCGGGACUAAACCGGGACUAAACCGGGACUAAACCGGGACUAAACCGGGACUGAACCAGGACUAAACCAGGACUAAACCUGGACUGAACCAGGACUAAACCAGGACUGAACCUGGACUGAACCGGGACUGAACCGGGACUGAACCGGGACUAAACCAGGACUAAACCAGGACUAAACCAGGACUGAAACAGGACUAAACUAGGGCUACACCAGGACUACAUAAAGACUAAAACAGGACUAAACCAGGACUUAAUCAAGACUAAAGAUGGUUUAUCGUUAUUAUCUCUGUAAUUCCUGAGUCUAUGCACAUGAAACAAAAAACUUCCCAGAGUUCAUCGUCUUCUCUGUCAGUUUAAAUAAAGAAAAGUCAGUUUAAAUAAACCAGGACUAAACCAGGACUAAACUAGGACUAAACUAGGACUAAAACAGGACUAAACUAGGACUAAAACAGGACUAAAUCAGGUCUAAACCAGGACUAAAUCAAGACUAAACCAGGACUAAACCAGGACUAAAACAGGCCUAAACUAGGACUAAACCAAAACUAAACCAGGACUAAACCAGGACUAAACUGGCCUUAAUCAGGACUGAAGCAGGUUUAUAUUCAUUCUCUCUCUAAUUCCUGGGUCUAUCUGAAACUGACCCAAAGUCCAGCCUCUUUUUUCGGUUCAAAUAAACAAAACUCAAAUAAUUUUUUUUCACAACAGCUUCUGAAAGUGGAGCCAUUAUUCAGCCCCAAAGACGUGAUCGUCGUCAGAUGAAAGGAGUUUAACACGACGAGUUUGUGGAGUCGACCCCAAACAAACACGGAAAAGUUCAGCAUUUGUGGAGCAGAAGUUUGGAAAUAAUGGACAUUAGAUAAAAGAGUUAAACAGACCUCCCAGAAUGCACUUCCACAACGUGAACGCAGCCUGGGUCUUCAUCCUUGUGCCUUGAAGCUGUGUGGAACUGACCAAAGACACUAAAGGUGCACUGUGGAACUUUCCUGCUGCGAGGUCCACUAUCAGCUUGUCUCCACGGUGACGAUAUUACAUUACCUGGAAAUUUAAAUGUGUCUCAUUAAACGUGUCCGUGUUGCGUUUAUUCAGGUGCCGGUGUGUUGUUGCAAAAAAAUAAAAAAUAAAAUACCGUAGUAUCUUGGAAAACUUGUAUCUCCAUGGAGACGAGCGCGUGGUGGACCCUCAGACGGAGAGUUACGCGUUUAAAUUGGCGUAAAAUGGUAAAGAAUAUUGGAUUUUUUUGUUUUUUUUUUAAUUGGUCAUGUACACAAAACUUUAAAUGCACUUUCUCAAACACUUCCACUUGACAACAGAGCUCACAGGGGGCGCUAUACUCCACAUGGGGGCGCUAUACUCAGCCAAAUUCAGUUCAAAGUUUUCAUAUUUGUAAAGUUCGUUCAUGUUUUUUCACAUUUUUUGCUGUUUGUUUUUCGUGCGUGUCUGAAAUCUACCUCAGAAUAAUGUUUCUGUUAUCGACCCGGUGACAGAGGUCG